AUGCGUUGCUUGAUCCUUAUCACUCUCCUCGCCCUGGUUGCCGUGGCCGCCGCUCAGGGACCUCGUGGACCUCGAGGUGGACCUCAGGGAGGUCGUGGUGGUCGUGGUGGUCCUGGUGGACCCCAGGGAGGCCGUCGUGGUCCCGGUGGUCCAGGACCUCAGGGUGGUCGCGGAGGCUGUGGUGGUCCUAAGGGAGGCCCAGGUGGUCCUGGAGGCCCCGGUGGACCAUGGGGUCUGCCUCCCAAUGCAACUCUGCCCAGCAACAGCACCACCAGCACCACUAGCACCACAACAUCGACCACCGAAGCCAGCACCUCCUCCAGCACCAGCACCACGGAGACCAGCACCAGCACCAGCUCCACCACCGCCUCCUCUGCUUAA